AUGGAAUUAAUUGAAAUUUGGCUUUUGGAUAAAAUAAAUGCCAGGUUAGUUAUAAAAACAAAACAUUUUAUAAAUGACAUUGAAGACAAUACUACAAUUGUCAUGCAAACAGAUCCUCUUCAAAUUUUAAAAUAUAAUUAUAUUGAAUUAGUUAAAACAUCAAAAACUUUAAAAUUUAUUGUAGAUGAUAAUAAUUUAAAUGAAAAAGGAAUCAAUUGGAUUAAAGUUAUUUUAUUUCCAAAAAUUAUUAACAUUAUGUUAAAUUCUUCAAAUUUAAAAACAAUUAAAAAUGGGGAUUUGAAAAAAAAAAAUUUUUCAUUUACUAAUUUAGUCGAUAUCGUUAGAUAUUAUGAACUUUAUGAAAAAAUGAAAUUGAAAUAUGCAAAAUUUUUAAUUGAGAAUUGGACUGAAAAUACAGAUCCUAAAAAAUUUGUGUAUGAAGAUAUAGGAAUUGCUUCAUACCUUAUGUUAUUAUGGAACAGUGAUAAUUUACCUGCGGGAAAAGAAAAAAAACAAAAGUUUGUCGAUUUAGGAUGUGGGAAUGGUCUGCUGGUAUAUAUUUUAAAUUCUGAAGGUCAUUUAGGAGUUGGAAUAGAUUUACGAAAAAGAAAAAUAUGGGAUUCAUAUAAUUCAGACACAAUUUUAAAAGAAGAAAUUAUUAUCCCAUCUGUUGACACAAUUUAUCCAGAGGCCGAUUGGAUAAUCGGAAACCAUUCAGAUGAAUUAACUUCGUGGAUUCCGAUCAUGGCUAAAUUCAGUAAUGAUCACUGUCAAUAUUUUGUCUUGCCUUGUUGUCCCUACGAAUUAAAUGGACAAAAAUUUCAAAGAAAAAAUAGCAGCAUGAGUAGUUACCAAGAUUUUAUAUAUUAUGUGAAAAAUAUAAGCGAAAUGUGUGAUUUUAAUACUUUAGUCGAUAGAUUAAGAAUUCCAUCAUCUAAAAAGGUGUGUUUGGUCGGAUUUAGAAAAGGAAAUUUUGAAAAAAAUCAUGUAACGCAAUCAAAUAGUAAAAUUAUAAAUUAUAUUAAAUUUAACUGUCAAUCUGAUGUAGAUGUACAAAAAAAUUAUGUUAAAAAUUUAAAAGGUGGAAAUACACCGGAUGGAAACGUAAAAAUAAGGGAUUCAGUGGAACAAGUAAGAAACUGUACAAAAUUGCCUCACACUGUUAUAGAUCAAAUAUUAAAAGCAGUAAUGAAUGAAUUACUUAAUGAAAAACGUAAUUUAUAUGAGAUUAAAAACGACGGAUCCUCUUCUCAUUGGAAUCGAGGAGGAACAUUGAGCGUUGAAUCGUUGGCAAAUAAAAUUAACAAAGACUUACUUCAAGAACUUAAAAAAGAAUGCAAAGGAUUACAAACUUUAGAAGUCCCGAAAGUAUGUUAG